AUGAAGCGCAAGGCAAGCACCCAGAUCGACGUCAAGAAGCCCGCCAAGAAGCGGUCGAAGAAUGCCCUCACCGACGAGGAGGCAAAGGCAAGAUUCAGAAAAGGCCUAUUCGACCAGAGUGUCCUGAACAAGUACACCACCGAAUACGCAACAUCCUCCCCUUACAAGCACAGCGUCAUCCACGGCCUCGUCGAGGACCAAUUGCUGCGCACCGUCCGCGAGGAAAUCCGCAACAAUGUCUCCUUCACCCCCAAGGAGACCGACAUCUACAAGAUCCACCAGUCCGGCGACCUCGCCAACCUUGACGGCCUUGACGAUGAAGCCCUGGCCAAGCUGCCGUCCCUGCUCGCCCUCCGAGAUGCCAUCUACUCCGAGUCUUUCCGCAACUACGUCUCACACAUCACCGGCUGCGGCCCCCUGAGCGGCCGGAAAACGGACAUGGCUAUCAACAUAUACACACCGGGCUGCUUUCUCCUCUGCCACGACGACGUCAUCGGCUCAAGAAAGGUCAGCUACAUCCUGUACCUGACCGACCCGGACACGCCCUGGCAGCCCUCAUGGGGAGGUGCCCUGCGGCUCUUCCCCAUCUUCGAGCGUGAGGGCAAGGAUGGCGAGGUCGCAAAGACGUGCGGCCCCGACGUCGUCAAAGUGAUCCCCCCGGCGUGGAACCAGCUGAGCUUCUUUGCCGUCCAGCCCGGCGAGAGCUUCCAUGACGUCGAGGAGGUCUACCAUGCCGAGAGCAAGGAGCAACUGAAGAAGGAGGGCGGCCGCGUGCGCAUGGCCAUCAGCGGCUGGUUCCAUAUCCCCCAGAUCGGCGAAGAUGGCUAUGUCGAAGGCGCCGAAGAGGCGCAGGCCAAGAACAGCGGUCUGAUGCAGCUGCAGGGCAACCCCGAUCAGCAUGACCAGCCGCAAGAGAAGAUCAUCCCUGUGGAGCAGUCGAAAAAUGGCGAGACCAGCCAUGAGUUUGACGAGGCGGACCUCGAGUUUCUUCUCAAGUACAUUGCGCCCACCUACCUCACCCCCGAUACCCUGGAGCGCAUGUCAGAGCAUUUUGAAGAGAAUUCAAGUAUCACACUUCCUACCAUACUCAAUGCCAAGUUUGCAGCAAAGCUCCGAGAUUAUGUCACAAAACAGGAGGCGAGCAAGCUCCCGGAGAGCAGCAAAGCCAUAGUAAAGCAGACCGGCUGGGAAGUAGCCCGGCCGCCGCACAAGCACCGUUUCCUAUACAUCGAGCCUGGCAGUGACGCCGCGGACUCGCCCAUCAAGGAGCUCAUCGAGACGCUUCUGCCCAGCCGCCAGUUCCGUGCCUGGCUAGAGAUGGCGACAGGGUGCACCGUCGAGGGCCACAGCGUGAUAGCGCGCCGCUUUCGUCGCGGGCAUGAUUACACUCUUGCCAUGGGGCAUGACGGCAAGCCGCGUCUCGAGCUCAAUCUUGGCUUCACACCCACGCCUGGCUGGGGUGACGAGGCCGAGGAGGACGAAGAGGACGCAGAGGACGUCAAACCAAAGGCUCACGGCAAGGCCAAUGGAAAGAGCAAAGGCAAAGGCAAAGGGAAGGCCGCACGAGAGAAGGAAGACAAGGAGCCGGAGGAUGUAGGCGGCGUCGAGGUCUACAUGGCUGGAGACGACGACGGCACCGAGGACGCCGCCAUCUACAAGUCCAGCUCCGACGACGACAACAUCCUAUUCUUCCAGGCGGCGGCAUGGAACAAGCUGACCAUCGUGUUGCGCGACAGUGGUGCGCUGCGGUUCGUAAAGUAUGUCAGCAAGAAGGCGAAGGGUGACCGGUGGGAUAUCAGUGGCACCUUUGACAUUGAGGAAGAAGACGACGACGGUGAAGGUGCCGAGCCUAACGGCACAUCUCUUCUGGAUGAUGACUCAGAAGAGGAGUUCAAGGGGUUCUCAGCCAGCGAGGAUAGCGACUCGGACUGA